AUGAAAGCGCAGGUGGAUGUGCUCUGCUGUAAAUCAGUAGGAACUGAUCUGUCCAUGCUGGAUAUUGAGGAUUUCAUCACAGAAAUCUGUCAGCUGAAGAAAGAGGUGGCUUCACUGGAGCUGCUAAUAUGGACUGAUAGUUGUGUGAAUCAAUGUCUUAUUGUUAAUCAUACUCUCACUAGAUAUAUUACUGAUUGUGUUUGUCAGGAUGUGGAGCAGGUUUGGGUGCGUGAGACUGAUGGGACAGAAGCUCAGGAUUCAGUCUGGAGCGUCAGAGAUCAGAGAUCCAGAGACACACAGGACUCAGAGCUCAGCCUCACUUUACUCUGUUAUACUGACGCUCAGGAUCAUGAAUCCACUGAUCAAACCUCUGACUGUAACGCUGGAGAACAGCAGAUGCUGCAGACGCCGCUGAAGAUGUGCUCCGUCAAACUGGUGGACUGCAGGAACCUGAUCGAGAGCAGAGGAGAAGAAACCACCGCAGAGAAACAACAACAACAACACACUGAUGAGGAAGAGGAGGAGGAGAAUAAUGGGGAGGAUGAGAAUAAUGGGGAGGAUGAUGAUGAUUGUGCUGAGAAUAAUGGGGAGGAAGAUGAUGAUGAUGAAGAUUUCAUUCCUCCAGAUGAUAAAGUCUGUACAUCUUCUGAUGAAGAGACAGACUUAACAUCAAAAGAGCAGCUGACGGUCAAGAUUUUCUCCUGCAGCACCUGUGGAAAAACACUGAGUUCAGAGGGCCAUUUAAAGAGACACGAGAGAAAACACACAGAACAGAAAAGCUUUAGAUGUAGGAGAUGCAACAUCAGCUUUCCUACCGCAGAAGAGAAGAGACUUCAUUCAAAAGAGCACAACGGGAAGAAGGAGUUUCACUGUGAACAGUGCGGCAAGGUUUUUUUCAUUCGUUCUAUUCUAAAAGUUCACUUGAACAGUCACGGUGAAAAGUCUUUCCACUGCAGCGAAUGUGACAAGUAUUUCAGCACCAAAGGAAAUCUUGAUAUUCAUAAGCGAAUCCACACGGGAGAAAGACCUUACAACUGUCCACACUGCGAGAGAAGAUUCAAUCACGGACCACAUCUUAAGAGACAUGUCCGUGUUCACACCAAUGAGAGACCGUAUCAGUGCAGUGAAUGUGGGAAAACCUUCACAGACUCAGGCUCUCUAAAGUCACACCAGAAAAUCCAUUCUGAUGAGAAACUGCUUCAGUGCAAACACUGCGACAAACAAUUCCGUCAUAUUAAUAGUUUGAACAUUCACGAGAGGACACACACUGGAGAGAAACCAUAUCUGUGCUCCUACUGCGGGAAGAGCUUUUCAAAUCCGUCUCAUUUUAUAUUUCAUAAGCGAGUCCACACCGGAGAAAAACCAUAUCACUGCAGCAUCUGUGGGAAGAGUUUCGGUAAACAUGGCACAUUUCGAAACCACAAAAGGACUCAUACUGGAGAAAGACCGUUUAAAUGCUCACAGUGUGAAAAGACGUUUGCUCGAUUAGACGUCCUUAAGGUCCAUCAGCGAGUUCAUACAGGAGAGAAACCUUACUCCUGCUCCAUCUGCGGCGAGAGAUUCGCUUAUUUAGGUAGUUUUCAGACCCACCAGAACAAACACGCUAAAGAACAAACUGCUCCAGAAUCAUCAAUGUUGAUCAUGAAAGCGCAGGUGGAUGUGGUCUGCUGUAAAUCAGUAGGAACUGAUCUGUCCAUGCUGGAUAUUGAGGAUUUCAUCACAGAAAUCUGUCAGCUGAAGAAAGAGGUGGCUUCACUGGAGGCAAAGCUGAGAGAAAGAGGAGACAAACUGAACAGAGAGAAGGUGUACAUGAUGGGGGGCGGACACAACCGCCUCUGGAGCUCCUUUAAGCGCACACCGCCGCCUCGUGGGAAUCCUGAGCGGACACCGCCGCCUCGGGGGAAUCGUGAGUGGACAUCGCCGCCUCGGGGGCCUCGUGAGCGCACACCGCCGCCUCGUGGGAAUCCUGAGCGGACACCGCCGCCUCGGGGGAAUCUUGAUUGUGUUUGUCAGGAUGUGGAGCAGGUUUGGGUGCGUGAGACUGAUGGGACAGAAGCUCAGGAUUCAGUCUGGAGCGUCAGAGAUCAGAGAUCCAGAGACACACAGGACUCAGAGCUCAGCCUCACUUUACUCUGUUAUACUGACGCUCAGGAUCAUGAAUCCACUGAUCAAACCUCUGACUGUAACGCUGGAGAACAGCAGAUGCUGCAGACGCCGCUGAAGAUGUGCUCCGUCAAACUGGUGGACUGCAGGAACCUGAUCGAGAGCAGAGGAGAAGAAACCACCGCAGAGAAACAACAACAACACACUGAUGAGGAAGAGGAGGAGGAAAAUAAUGGGGAGGAUGAUGAAGAUUUCAUUCCUCCAGAUGAUAAAGGCUGUUCAUCUUCUGAUGGAGAGACAGACUUAACAUCAAAAGAGCAGCUGACGGUCAAGAGUUUCUCCUGCAGCACCUGUGGAAAAACACUGAGUUCAGAGGGCCAUUUAAAGAGACACGAGAGAAAACACACAGAACAGAAAAGCUUUAGAUGUAGGAGAUGCAACAUCAGCUUUCCUACAGCAGAAGAGAAGAGACUUCAUUCAAAAGAGCACAACGGGAAGAAGGAGUUUCACUGUGAACAGUGCGGGGAGAUUUUUUUCAUUCAUUCUAGUUUAAAACUUCACUUAAAGACUCACGGUGAAAAGUCUUUCCACUGCAGUGAAUGUGACAAGUAUUUCAGCACCAAAGGAAAUCUUGAUAUUCAUAAGCGAAUCCACACGGGAGAAAGACCAUACAAGUGUCCUCACUGCGAGAGAAGAUUCAAUCACGGACCACAUCUUAAGAGACAUGUCCGUGUUCACACCAAUGAGAGACCGUAUCAGUGCAGUGAAUGUGGGAAAGCCUUCACAGACUCAGGCUCUCUAAAGUCACACCAGAGAAUCCAUUCAGAUGAGAAACCGCUUCAGUGCAAACACUGCGACAAACAAUUCCGUCAUAUUAAUAGUUUGAACAUUCACGAGAGGACACACACUGGAGAGAAACCAUAUCUGUGCUCCUACUGCGGGAAGAGCUUUUCAAAUUCAUCUAGUUUUUUAUUUCAUAAGCGAGUCCACACCGGAGAAAAACCAUAUCACUGCAGCAUCUGUGGGAAGAGUUUCGGUAAACAUGGUACAUUUAGAAACCACAAGAGGAUUCAUACUGGAGAAAGACCGUUCAAAUGCUCACAGUGUGAAAAGAUGUUUGCUCGAUCAGACGUCCUUAAGGUCCAUCAGCGAGUUCAUACAGGAGAGAAACCUUACUCCUGCUCCAUCUGCGGCGAGAGAUUCGCUUAUUUAGGUAGUUUUCAGACCCAACAGAACAAACACGCUAAAGAACAAACUGCUCCAGAAUCAUCAGAGUGACUUUCAUCAGUCAAUCUGAGGAAAAACUUGUUUGGUCCAUCCUGAAAGUGUUCAUUGAGUUCUUACUGAGUGAACUUUUUUAAUGCUGUGGAUUGAUCCAAGUUCUGUAUAUAAUGUUACGUUUGACAGAGUAGAGCAAGGAUUUUAUCUUAAACCAGACAGAACUGUUAAAAUCAUCCAAAUAAAAUACUUCAAUAAUAUGA